CCUGCCACGGUGAGCCCAGCCUGCGCUGCGGCUGCUGCUAGGCUAACGGGCUUCGAGCUGCGUCUAUCCGUCCGCCCUGAUCCGAGGCCUCCCCAGAGCGUGGUUUCUGCUGCAGAACCUGAGACCAUGGCCAAAAUAGCACAGGGUGCCAUGUACCGAGGCUCUGUCCACGACUUCCCAGACUUUGAUGCAAAUCAGGAUGCCGAGGCUUUGUACACAGCCAUGAAGGGCUUCGGCAGUGACAAGGAGUCCAUAUUGGAGCUGAUCACCUCCCGCAGCAACAAGCAGAGGCAGGAGAUCUGCCAGAGUUACAAGUCCCUCUAUGGCAAGGACCUCAUCGCAGACUUGAAGUAUGAGUUGACGGGGAAAUUCGAGCGACUGAUAGUGAACCUGAUGAGGCCACUUGCCUAUUGUGAUGCCAAAGAGAUUAAAGACGCUAUCUCAGGCAUUGGUACCGAUGAGAAGUGCCUCAUUGAAAUUUUGGCUUCCCGGACCAAUGAGCAGAUACACCAGCUGGUGGCCGCAUACAAAGAUGCCUAUGAGAGAGACCUGGAGUCUGACAUCAUUGGAGACACUUCAGGCCACUUCCAGAAGAUGCUGGUGGUACUGCUCCAGGGAACCCGGGAGAAUGAUGAUGUUGUGAGCGAGGACUUGGUCCAGCAGGAUGUCCAGGACCUGUAUGAGGCAGGGGAAUUGAAAUGGGGAACAGAUGAGGCCCAGUUCAUCUAUAUCUUGGGAAACCGUAGCAAACAGCACCUACGAUUGGUGUUUGAUGAGUACCUGAAGACCACAGGGAAGCCCAUCGAAGCCAGUAUCAGAGGGGAGCUGUCUGGAGACUUUGAGAAGCUGAUGUUGGCCGUGGUGAAGUGCAUCCGAAGUACCCCGGAGUAUUUUGCUGAAAGGCUGUUCAAAGCCAUGAAGGGCCUGGGGACUCGAGACAACACUCUGAUCCGUAUCAUGGUCUCCAGGAGCGAACUGGAUAUGCUUGACAUCCGGGAGAUCUUCCGGACCAAGUAUGAGAAGUCACUCUACAGCAUGAUCAAGAAUGAUACCUCUGGUGAAUACAAGAAGGCUUUGCUGAAGCUAUGUGGAGGGGACGAUGAUGCCGCUGGCCAGUUCUUCCCGGAGGCAGCACAGGUGGCCUAUCAGAUGUGGGAACUUAGUGCAGUGUCCCGAGUCGAGCUGAAGGGUACCGUGCGUGCGGCCAACGAUUUCAACCCCGAUGCUGAUGCCAAGGCCCUUCGGAAAGCCAUGAAGGGAAUUGGAACCGACGAAGCCACCAUCAUCGACAUCAUCACACACCGGAGCAACGCCCAGCGGCAGCAGAUCCGGCAGACCUUCAAAUCUCACUUCGGCCGGGAUUUAAUGGCCGACCUGAAGUCCGAGAUCUCGGGAGACCUGGCAAGGCUGAUCCUGGGGCUCAUGAUGCCACCUGCCCAUUAUGAUGCUAAGCAGCUGAAGAAAGCUAUGGAGGGAGCCGGCACAGAUGAAAAGGCUCUUAUAGAAAUCCUGGCCACCCGGACCAAUGCUGAAAUCCGAGCCAUCAAUGAGGCCUACAAGGAGGAUUAUCACAAGUCCCUGGAGGAUGCCCUGAGCUCGGACACAUCUGGCCACUUCAAAAGGAUCCUCAUUUCUCUGGCCACAGGGAAUCGAGAGGAAGGAGGAGAAAACCGGGACCAGGCUCAGGAAGAUGCUCAGGUGGCUGCUGAGAUCUUGGAAAUAGCAGACACGCCCAGUGGAGACAAAACUUCCUUGGAGACGCGCUUCAUGACCGUCCUGUGCACCCGUAGCUAUCCCCACCUGCGCAGAGUCUUCCAGGAGUUCAUCAAGAAGACCAACUAUGACAUAGAGCACGUCAUCAAGAAGGAGAUGUCUGGGGACGUCAAGGACGCAUUUGUGGCCAUCGUUCAGAGUGUCAAGAACAAGCCUCUGUUCUUUGCUGACAAACUGUACAAGUCCAUGAAGGGUGCUGGCACGGAUGAGAAGACCCUCACCAGGGUGAUGGUGUCCCGGAGUGAGAUAGACCUGCUCAACAUCCGGAGGGAAUUCAUUGAGAAAUAUGACAAGUCUCUACACCAAACCAUUGAAGGUGACACCUCUGGAGACUUCAUGAAGGCUUUGCUGGCGCUCUGUGGUGGAGAAGACUAAAGCUCCUGGCCUUGGAGGGUCCCCCCUGCCACGCAGUGGCCAACCGCACCAGCCAGCGUGACCUGACCAAGCCAUUGCUCCAGCUUCAGAGACUAAGGAAGAAGUGAGGGGUGGAGUUGGACUGUGAUCUGGCUGGGGUGCUCUCUUGCCAUUGAGGGUCCCAGGCGGUCCCUUCUGUUAUCCCUCCUGCUCAUGGCUAAGUGGCUGGUGAACCACAGCCAUAUAUGCAUUCAACCCUGCUCCCCUUCUGCCUCCUCCUCAGCCCACCCUGGCUUCCAUCCCUCCACACAAUCCCUGCCUGACUUAAGCUUUGUCACAUCUCUAAACACACCAAACCUCUGUCUACGAAGUGAGUGACGUGUAUGCUUUGGAGGGUGGGCUGUGGUACCUGGUGCCAGGCAUGCAUUCUGGGAUAGCGGAGAUGAUGAAUUAAUUUGAUAGAGAGGUGAUCUCCCCCGGCCAUCACCAUCCAAUCUGAUAAAAGUACCGAGCUCGGAA